AUGGGUGCACCAACCUCAUAUUAUCCAGACCAACACUAUGUUUGGAAUAACCCAUCUGUAAUAGCUAGCUUUUCUCAAGACGUACAACAUUAUGGUACUGAAUCUUCGUAUCAUCUAGACCACCAGUAUGUCACUAGGAGCACACCACAAUCGGCAACAUCUAGUUAUUCUAGAAACCAUCAGUAUGUCACUAGGAGCACACCACAAUCGGCAACAGCUAGUUAUUUUAGAAACCAUCAGUAUGUCACUAGGAGCACACCACAAUCGGCAACAUCUAGUUAUUCUAGAAAUCAUCAAUAUGUCACUAGGAGCACACCACAAUCAGCAACGUCUAGUUAUUCUAGAAACCAACGUUACGUUUGUUCGCAAGAAUCAGAAAAUGUCACUUAUAGUUAUCAAGCUUCUUACCCUAUCAGCGGCGUGUCAUCUCAACCAUUGUAUGAGAAUUAUCUUCAAGAAACAGAAAAUUCAGAUAUCAUUACCACUAGCGAGCCAGCCACCUCAAUUGAGCCUGCCAAAUCAGCGCAAGCAGAAGAAUCAUUGAAUGAGAAUUAUCCUCUAGAAACAAAAAAUGAUGUUCGGUAUUCGCGAACGUUUAAUGUCAUUACCACCAACCUCAUUCCAGCCACAACUCAGCCAUCUCCAUCGCCUCAAGCAAGAACUGCUCUUGUUUCCCGGCGAGACAUAAACUCAGAUACCUCUAAAUCACGACGUCAUUCAGUCAGAUUUUCUACUUUACGACCAAUGGGUCAAUUUGGUCAAUGUGAUGAAUGCAAAAGCACAAGAACCGGAUACAAUUGGUGUCAAUAUUGCAACAACGAACAGUUUCAGAAGGAUUUUGCGAAUUGGACGAGCGGCUCCGGAGAAAUCGAUGAUUUUAUUCAAGUAGCUCAACUUAAGGCAACCAAUGUCAGAUCCGUCCUGGAAUGGAUAGACUAUAAAGAAUUUACAAACGUGAAGCACCUUGCAAACGGCGGUAACAGCUCAGUAUUUACCGCAUACUGGCCUCGCGGACCUAUUCGGACAUGGGACGCAAAUGGCGAUGAAUGGGAGCGAGGCUGGGGUCAGGCAAAUUCUGACUUGGGCGCAUACCACCAAUUCAGCACAUUGGUUUCGCAUGUUGUACGUUGUUAUGGCAUCUCGCGCUGCCCAUUCACUAACGAGUUUAUUGUCGUCACAUCAUAUGCUGAAGACGGAGAUCUCCGGCAAUAUAUGUCCAAGAACUUUGAUAAUUUUACGUUACAAAAAAAAAUUAUCACUCUCAGAGACAUUGCAAGCGGCUUAGUAACUAUUCAUAGAGCGGGACUGUUGCACAAAGACUUGCAUACUGGGAACAUUCUGCGAUCUGGUACCUGGACAAUGAUAAGUGAUCUCGGUCUUUGUUGGCAUAAUGCUUCUGUGACUGGAAAUGAAAAGACGGUUCAUGGUGUGCUUCCAUAUGUAGCACCAGAAGUUUUACGCGGAAUGCCAUACACUCGAGCAGCCGAUGUUUAUAGUGUUGGAAUGAUUAUGUAUGAACUAUGGACAGGCAGGCCACCCUUCGAAGAAAAAGAUUAUGAUCUACCUUUAGCAAUGAAUAUAUGUUCAGGAACCCGUCCGGACAUUCCUUCGGACGUACCCGCCUAUUAUUCUAUUAUUAUGCAAGCAUGCUGGGAUCAAGACCCUGACAUGCGACCUACAUCGCGUGAAUUAGAAAGGACAUUUGAAAUUUGGAUUGAAAAAAUUGCAAACGGAGAGUUGCCUUGUCCCAAGACUUUUGCCAACAAGAAAUCAGUAGAUUUGACAACGCAAAAGGAUGAAUCUAGUCUAUAUAGUAUACCUGAGCGUAGCAUGAGCCAACCAAUUCCUCCACUAUCCGCUGAUCAGCAUGUGAUUUUAAAUAAACUGGAUGAACGUCGAGAAGCUCUAUAUCAACGCUGUCUUGAUGAUCGACUCAUCGAAAUGGCUGAAGAAAGAUCAAAAAAUCAAGAACAAGUAAAUCCGAUGACAUGGACACGGGAACUCAAAACGCUUGCUGAUGAAAUCUUUGGCAGUUCAGUAAACGUAUUACCCAUUACAUUCAAUACGGUAACAACUGAGCCUGAGCCCACAAGGACCGCAGGCAAUAAUAGGAGACAGAAUAGGAAGAGUAAGUAG